AUGACGCUCCGCGAAGAGUUUGCUGGGGAUGUCCCAUUUAGGUUUAGUGUAAGCCCCGUGACAGUUGAUUGGCUCAGAUGGGUAAUCACGUGCGGUGGAGGGCCGCCUGGGCAACUAGUGCCCAACACCCCCCCACGCGCCAACUGGAAGCGAGUGUCGAUAUGCUUGCUGCGUGCCGUGAUCGCGGCAACGGUAGCUAGGUCGAUUGAACCUUUGUUAUCUGCCCUGAUAGGCAAGGGGUCCUUUGCUGUAACGAAUCCUAGUUCCAUCAUCAUAUUGCGCAACCACGUUGCUUCGCGUACUGCUUCGCUAAGUGCCACGUAUUCUGCCUCAUUUGAACUUAAAGAAACACAAGGUUGUUUGGACGAACGCCAUGAAAUUGGUGCACCUGCUAACUUGAAUAUGAAGCCUGAAGUAGAUUUGCGUUCGCCGUUCAACGGUCCUGCCCAAUCCGAAUCUGUAUAA